GUGAGAUUUUGAUUAAGCUAGUUCUCUUCGUUCCUCGUACCUGGAUCUUGUCUUCUUGUUCAAAUUGUUGCUUUGAGAGUUGAAUUUUUCUAAACGUUAAAACCCUAAUUUCGAUGGGGACUCCGCAAUUUCCAGAUCUGGGGAAACACUGCGCCGUCGAUGUUUGCAAGCAGAUCGAUUUCUUGCCGUUCACAUAUGAUCGCUGCCUCCAGGUGCUUUGUCUAGAUCAUCGUAGCUAUAUGUUAAACCCUGAAGAAGUUCCAAACGUGGCUUGGGAGGAACAUGUUAAUUCAAUUUGUGAUCACUCAAACGACGAAAAAGCUGUUAAGAAGAAGAAGAUAUGCCCUGUUCCAAGUUGUUAUGGACCGAAGAAGCCUUCAGAUUCGAGUUUAUCGAGUGAAAACACAAAAGUAGCUACAAGUGCUCCAGCAUCAUCAACGUCAUCAUCUUCAAGAUCGUCUAGUCUUUUGGCUUCAUUGGAAGCACGUAUUAGAAAGAAAAGAUUGAAUACGACAAGGGUACGUGGAGAUUCUAGAUUGAAUCGGACCAGGGUAGAAAGAAGAGAGAUUAGUCAGGAAGAAGCAGCAGCAGCAAAUUUGAAGAAUGUAAAGCUCAAUAAUCAACAAGAAUCCUUUGGUAUGAAGUCAAAACGUGAAGUGGAAGAUGAUGAUGUUGAAUGA